AUGAGGCAAAAUGUCAACCAUGACGAGAAGGAAAUUCAAUGCAAUCGCAAUAAUGAAACGAAGAAAAAUACACAACAGGCUCUAAAAAAACGCGACACAUACUUCAACAGCCCAGAGAGAACACGUUGUCUCCUCAAUCUACUGAGGCAUGAUCCGAGGGAUGAUAAUCUUCCACCCUACUCCUCCACUCAAAAUUUACGUCCGAAUUCGGGACUUCCUAAUCAACAAGAAUCAUCCAUGAAGGGAAAAGAAAUUAAGAAUGACAGGCCUCCCUCUUACGAUUUACCUGAGAAUAUGAGUUCAGCAUCCCGUUGUCAGUAUAUCAGGGGUUUGAUUGAGAGAAGAAAAGCCGAAAUUCAAACUUUGGAACAACAAUUAGAGGAAGAAACUGAAAAAGCGAGACCUUCAUCUACGGGUACAACUUUGCGGGUCGGAGGAUCUUCAUCUAUGCAAGUUACUUGGCAGAUAGAAGCGGCACAGGAAGAAAAGGGGAAGGAAGGGAUUCCGAGUACAUAUUUAUCUUCCCAGACCAGAGGAACAACGCAAGAUAUGGAUGAUUAUAUUGCCAGACAUAUGAAGCGGUUGCAAGAAUUAGAAAAUAUGAGAAAUUUGCUGAUAAAGGAACGCGAAAGAUCGACUCUUCAACAUGAUUUGAGUGUAGGAGGAGAUACCUUGAUCUACUGGUGUGGCCAGCAAAAAUAG